AUGACAAGAGGCGAGGAAAAAAAAUGGAUUGAACAACUGCGCAUGAACCCACCCAAGUUGCUGGAUGAGAAUGACUUAAGGCUAGUCUGCCAAAGAGUGAAGGAAAUCCUGGUGGAGGAGAACAAUGUACAGGCAAUCACCCCCCCAGUUAUAAUCUGUGGAGAUAUACAUGGACAAUUUUUCGAUCUUUUAGAAUUAUUUGAUGUAGGAGGAGAUAUCAUGAAUAACGACUACAUAUUCCUGGGUGACUACGUAGACAGGGGGUACAACAGCGUGGAAACCUUUGAGUACCUAUUGUUACUGAAACUUUUAUUCCCAAAAAAUAUAACUCUCUUAAGAGGGAAUCACGAAAGUAGACAGAUAACGACAGUGUAUGGCUUCUACGAUGAAUGCUUCAAAAAGUAUGGUAAUGCAAAUGCAUGGAAAUAUUGUACAGAUAUAUUUGAUUAUUUAACAUUAGCAGCUUUGGUUGACAACCAAAUUUUUUGUGUGCAUGGGGGAUUGUCUCCUGAGAUAAAGUUAAUUGACCAGUUACGGUUAAUUAAUCGUGUGCAAGAAAUUCCACACGAAGGUGCUUUUGGUGAUAUUAUGUGGUCAGAUCCUGAUGAAGUGGAAGACUGGGUUGCCAAUCCUAGAGGUGCAGGUUGGCUCUUUGGUCCCAAGGUUACCAAAAAGUUUAAUUACAUUAACAAUUUGGAGCUAAUUGCUAGGGCACACCAGCUAGCUAUGGAGGGCUAUCGGUACAUGUUUGAUGAUUCCACCAUCGUCACCGUGUGGUCUGCUCCCAACUACUGUUACCGCUGCGGAAAUGUCGCCGCUAUCAUGCGCAUAGACGAAAAUAUGAACCGACAGAUGCUCAUAUUUAAGGACACGCCUGACUCCCGCAAUUCAAUCAAGAACAAGGCCACCAUUCCGUACUUCUUAUAG